UUUGUUGUUGAAGUUGGUACGCGGUCAGGAUGUGGAUCUUUUCGUUCUCUUUUUUGUCGUUUUUCGUUAUUUUUUCCAGUCGUUGGCUAGUCCUAGCUCUUCAGAAUGUAACGGGGGACUUGUUCGGGUCUGAAUCAUACGGAACCAUCGCUGCUUUUGGGGAUUUUAAUUCAGACAAGCAAACCGACCUGUUCAUCAUCAGAGCUAAGACAGAACUAGUUAUUUUCCUGGCUGAUGUAAAGGCCCCUUACUUCAAGCCUAAGGUGAAGCUUUCAUUGAAUGCCUCUUUCAGGGAUGUCAUUAUCAGCAGUGUGGUUCCAGGAGACUACGAUGGAGAUUCACAGAUGGACGUUCUUCUCACCACUAAGAAAAAUAGUGUCGACCAAGAAACAUCAGUUGUUAUUUUCUGGGGAAAUAAUCAAACUUUAGGUGAAAAUCAUAGGACCAAAUUAAACAAGACAUUUCAGGACGAACCCUUAAUAAUGGAUUUUAAUGGUGAUAUGAUACCUGAUGUCUUUGGUGCCAUUAAAGACAGUCCCCAGCCACACAUCUGCUAUCUGAAUGGAAGGAACCUGUUAUGGCAGAAAGCACUGGACACUGAUGCAAAAAUGCGUGUACCCCAUUCCCAUGCAUUUAUUGAUGUUAAUAAAGAUUUCACUGCAGAUGUAUUCCUCACUACUGAAAGCAUAUCUGGGGCUCCACAGUUUCAGGCAUGGAUAAAUAAGGACGGGAACUUCUCUAAAGACACCAGCUUGAAGAUACCUGACAAUGUGAAGAAAACUGGGCAAUCGGCGUUUUCUGAUUUUGAUGGAGAUGGCUUUCAAGACCACCUGCUUCCAAUCUGUGAGGAUGAUGGGUGCCAUAAAAGCGCCAUCUACCUCAACAAACCUGGAACAGAGGAGUGGAUUCCAAUCUUAACGGAUUUCCAGAAAAAAGAUACACCCUGGGGCUUCGUCCCUCUUGAAACAUCUGCCCUGCACAACCCCAUCACCCUGCACUUGGGCGACUACAACAUGGACGGCUUUCCAGAUGCACUGGCUAUCCUCCGGAACACGUCUGGGAGCAAUCAGCAAGCUUUUCUCUUGGAGAAUGUGCCAUGUGCCAACGUCAGCUGCAGGGGUGCCGGUCGUAUGUUCAGAGUCUUCUGGGAGCUCUCUGACCUCAGUCAUAUCACAGGUGCUGUGAUGGCAACGUUCUUUGACAUUUAUGAAGACGGAAUAUUGGAUCUGAUGGUGCUCAGUAAAGGUCCUCAAAAUGAACUUGCCAUCCACGCUUUGAAAAACAACUUCGAGGCAGAUGCUUACUUUGUAAAGGUUAUCGUGCUCAGUGGACUGUGUUCCAAUGACUGCCCAAGGAAAGUCACACCCUUCGGAGUGAAUCAACCCGGACCUUAUGUCAUGUACACCUCGGUCGACUCCAACGGAUAUCUCAAAAAUGCAUCAGCUGGACAGCUGAGUCAGUCAGCCCAUUUUGCCCUACAGCUGCCCUAUACUGUGCUGGGUUUGGGUCGCAGCGCUAACUUCUUGGAUCAUCUGUAUGUUGGGAUCCCACAUCCCCCAGGAGAUAAGGCUAUCAGAAAACAGGAGUGGACUGCAAUCAUCCCCAAUUCUCAGCUGAUCGUCAUUCCCUAUCCCAACAACAACCCACGCAAUUGGAGCGCCAAACUUUACCUGACCCCAAGUAACAUAGUGCUACUAACAGCCAUUGCACUAAUUGCCGUGUGUGUUUUGAUCCUGGCAAUAAUUGGCAUAUUGCACUGGCAGGAGAAGAAAGCGGAUGACAGGGAGAAACGCCAGGAAGCUCACAGAUUCCAUUUCGAUGCCAUGUGAAAACCCAGAGUCUUGUAAUGGCUGUUUACCCACCAUUUGGAACAAGGGCCUUCUGUAACGUAUGUCAAUGGAAUCGAUGGUUAGAAACUGUGUAAUUUGAAAUAAUGUUUUGCUAUUUAUUAAGAGGAAUUAAAAUCUGAUUUGAGACCGCUUGACAGCUGCUUUCAGUAUUACGUUUACUUCACAGUCAAAAGAAAAUGGGUUAGGAUUGACUGUUCCGCUGUUAAUUAUUACAAGAAGAGAAAACAGCUGCACUGUAUGUUGCUGAAGUGUCAGCUUCUAACACAUUUUCUGUUUGAGGUUUUUAGCACAAAAAAUAUUAUCUUGAUUAAAUAAAGAAUUGUUUAUAUAUAUAUAUAUAUGAAUAUGACUAGGAAAGGCAACUCAAAACUAAGAAUUGCUAUAGUAUAGGAAAGGCAACUCGAAUUGUUUGCCACUCUAGUAUAAGAAGGUGACCGCCUAUAUUUCCAGUUGGAGACACCUGAAACUAUUAAAAUAGGUAUUAUGCAGUUAAGUUAUUUAAUGCUGAAAGGAAGUAAGAAAAAAAGACAAAAACUUUUAUUUUAAUUUGAAGUUUUUUUGUAAUAAAUUAACUUUGAACAUUGACUGAAAAUGUAAAAUACCCCUGGCAGAGACAUAUCAAGAUAACGUUUUUGUACUGCAUUCAAAUGUUCAUGUAUUACACUGAAAGCAGCAUGUGCAUACAGUAAAGUAUGUGUUUAAUUUAACAAGGAUUUCCAUAUUGUUCUUCCUAAACGCCAGUUUUUGCAUUCUCUAACUGGCUACACAUGUAUGUUCAGGCAAACUCAAUGGGACUGAAUUGCACUCUUCCAUGGUAUUUGCUGGAGAUGAACCCACUUGUAAAGUUAUACAAUCCUUUUCAUUGACAUUCAUUCCUUAAGCAUUGUUUGCCAAGUUUUUAAAUGCACUGUUAUUAAAAUCCGUAGAAAUGCCUUCAUGCAAUAAGUGCUACUAUACAAAUACUACUGAAUCUUUGUAAUUGUACUAAUUCAAUUCAAACUAUUCCUGAGGGUUAAGCUUCUUUAUAUUGUGGGUAUUAUUGUAUGUUCUGGGUCCUGGGCUAAUGUAUUUAACUUUUCUAUCACUGUGUAUUGAUCAGUUUGGUUUUGUAUAUUGUAAUUGAAUGCAGAAGACCACUAAGGCUAAGUAAAUGUCUUGUAUCUUACAAAUUAGUGAAACUUAUCCUGCUUUUGUAUUAUUCAUGCUUUCAUUUUUCAGGUAUGGGGGUGUAGGGUUGUGGUCUGUUUGGUCUAACAGAUAAAAAAAUUAUGUGAACUACUUUAUUGUUGUGGUAAUAACAAAAUGCAUGCAAGCAUUAAUGUAAAAUUAUUAAAAUAAUACACAACAAAGAUUCUUAGCCUUCAAGGAAGAAUUUUCUUUCAAUAGAAAACUCUCUUUAUUCAAUGCACUUUGUCUGUGGCUCUCGCAGCAGUAUAGUGACCAACCAAGAUUAUCCCUGAAAGAAUGUUGGUUCUGUACAAAGUGUGUAACUAAGAGUAUAUCUCGCCAUUCCUCCGUUAUCAGUUCUCAUACUUCAGAUUUUCUAUGUGCAUGCGAUAGUGAAGUCUUAAACAGAGCACUCCAACAAGCAAAUGCAUUGGGCUUAAUGAUGCGUGGCAUUGCCCUGAGGCAACAAACCUGUUUUAAAAUGCUAUUACGAAUUGAAAAUGAAAGAAAAAGUAAUUCAGUAGAAGUUAGAGAGCUGUAAAAAUGAAAUAAAAUAACGUUGUCCUAUCUGCUAGUGCCAGACUUAGAACUUGACAAGUACUGGUAACAUAUGUUUAUAAAACUGAUGCAAUACACUGAAAAAGUUUCACUAAUUAGUAUGUUUGGAAGGAUAGCUACAGGAGAGUUAAAUCAUUGAAUAUCAUUUAUUUAUUUAUUUAUUUUAAAGGCAACAAAAGUUGACUAGAAUAAUGCCAUGACUUUUUAGCAUUUUAUUUACAAAAAACAACAUUUAAAUGCUGUGUUGCACACUGAGAUUUUGACUGAAGGAGUUGAAACAAUAAGAAUAUUUGUUGUCACAACGAUAAUAUUGUUACUGUUUGUUGUGCACUUCAUUAUUGUUUGGCCUAAGUUUGCUAUAAUAAGUAAUGAACCAGUUAAUUCCCAAAUGAUAACCUAACCUGGUGGAUUCAUAGACAAAGGGAAUAAACAGUAGCAGACAUAAAUACCAGUGUCCUAAAAUUUAGAAACUUGUAUGUAUUUAUUUCUUUAUGUAUUUAUUUCUUUAUUUUAAUUGACUGUAUGUAAUGUUAUUAGGUAGGUCAAUAAGUAAUCCUUGGUAGAAAACACCAGCAGGGUUAAUACAGUGAAAGAACAGCUGUACUGAAGUCCUCCACUGUUUAUAUUGUUAAAGUAGGCCCUCAGGAUGUUGGAGAGUGUCAUCCUCCAUUUUAGGCUGGCAUUGAAACCCCCAUAUUUACUUGUGCUGCGCCUCUCCCCUCCCCAUCUCAGCCAGCAUGACAGUAAUUUAUGUAGAAACUGAAUCCAUAAAAUCCUCUUGUCUUCUUGGUGGUGUUUUUUUUUUUUUUUUUUUUUUUCUUUUAUGAGUGCAAUUAAUCAUUCAAAUAAAAAAGUGAGGUUAAAAAAAUGUUUUUUGUUUUGUUUUGUUUUUUUCUUUCUAUUGACCACAUCACUAUUUAUUACAUGUGAAUGAAGCAUCCUUUAGUAGCAACCUGGUAUUUUUCUUUUAAAGAUUAAAAAAUGUGCCGUUCCCAUAAUGCUGGAUGCCCUAACCAGGGUAGAUAGCAUUUGAUUGAAUCUAUAUUUAGAAAAUGUCACAACCUGCAGGAUCAAGUCUGUGAGAUCAGCAUUGAUUAUUCGGAGGGAAGAGAUGCCGGUCUAAACACUGCUGAGCACAGCGACUCCACUCUCUGUCUUGAAAAUAGGAUUAAACAAUAUGUAACAAUUAGUGCAGUAGUUUAGCUGGCAAAACAGUUUUCUUUCCAAUAA